GUCACGUGAGGCGGCGGCGGGAGCGCCCGAACGGCCGGAGCGGGGCCGCGGGCUGUGCUGGGCCCUCGCUGCCAUGGCCAUGCAGAUGCAGCUCGAGGCCAGUGCAGACACCUCAGCAGAGGAGGAGAGCUUUGGGCCACAGCUCAUAUCCAGGUUGGAGCAAUGUGGCAUAAAUGCCAACGAUGUGAAGAAGCUGGAAGAAGCUGGGUUUCACACAGUGGAGGCCGUGGCUUAUGCACCAAAGAAGGAGCUGCUGAACAUUAAAGGCAUCAGCGAAGCCAAAGCUGACAAAAUCUUGGCUGAGGCUGCCAAACUGGUUCCCAUGGGCUUCACCACGGCCACAGAAUUCCACCAGCGGCGGUCGGAGAUCAUCCAGAUCACCACUGGCUCCAAAGAGCUGGAUAAGCUGCUCCAAGGAGGAAUAGAAACUGGGUCCAUAACAGAAUUAUUCGGGGAAUUCCGUACUGGGAAGACGCAGCUGUGUCACACCCUGGCCGUCACCUGUCAGCUCCCCAUAGACCGCGGCGGCGGCGAGGGCAAAGCCAUGUACAUCGACACGGAGGGCACCUUCCGUCCUGAGCGGCUCCUGGCCGUGGCUGAAAGGUAUGGCCUGUCUGGCAGUGAUGUCCUGGACAACGUGGCCUACGCUCGGGGCUUUAACACCGACCACCAGACCCAGCUGCUGUACCAGGCCUCGGCCAUGAUGGCUGAGUCACGGUACGCGCUGCUGAUCGUGGACAGCGCCACGGCCCUGUACCGCACGGAUUACUCGGGAAGGGGGGAGCUCUCUGCCAGGCAGAUGCACCUGGCCAGGUUCCUGCGGAUGCUGCUGCGCCUGGCGGACGAGGUGAGCUCCCACUGGGCUUUAUGUCAUGGCUUGAUGCUGGCCAAACACCAGGCACCCAUGAAAUCUGCUCGCUCACGCUCCUCUACAACUGGACAGAGGAGAGAAAAUGUAAUGAAGGGUUUGUGAGUUGAGGUAAGGACUGGGAGAAAACACUCAUCAGUUACCAGCGAGGGAAAAACAGGCUCAACUUAGAGAU